AUCCUCAGACUCAGAGCAGCGCUCCGUCCUCGCCAAGUGAUGCUCCUCGGCGGCGCACAUCGGUGGGUUAUCACCGCCCGCUGCAGGGAGGACCUCUCCGGCUUGUUUUUCUCCUCUGGAAACACGCACUGACGGACGACUGGAGAUGGGAAUUUAACGGGGCUGGUGAGAGUGAGCUGGAGGAGGAUAGGACGGUGAAGAAGCGCUCAAGUCCCAUCCGAGAGAAGAGGAGGAGGAGGAGGAGGGGGACUCCGGGGAAACAGUCCCGCCGGGACGGGGGACCACAACGGAUGGUUUUGUGCUUUACAUAGUUUGAAAUUGACUCAACGUCCUGUUUUUUGUUGUUUGGUCGUGAAUAAAAAAUAUAAAACCAGAGGAUUUGAAAGCAGGGGUUCCAGGAGUUGCGAUCAGCGCCUUUCCGUUUGCGAUGGAGUGAAAGAGAGGGCGCACGGUAACUUCAGUCUCGCCAUGAAAUCAGUGUUUUUCAGCCGCUUCUUCAUCCUGCUGCCCUGGGUCCUUAUUGUCAUCAUCAUGAUCGAUAUCGACAGUAAAAGGACGAUCCGGGUUCCGGCCGCCGGUCGGACCAGCAGGGCGCAGCGGGCGGCCCGAACUGGCGCACCGGGGGUAGGUGGCACCCAGAACCAGUCCGCCCUGCCGGUUAUCUACGCCAUCACUCCGACUUACACCCGUCCAGUGCAGAAAGCGGAGCUGACCCGGCUGGCCCACGCCUUCCGCCAGGUGCCCCGACUCCACUGGAUCGUAGUGGAGGACUCGACGGCGCGCACGGAGCUGGUGGCGCGCUUCCUGGCCCGGUGCGGCGUGCCAUACACGCACCUGCAUGUGUUCACACCCCGCAGGUUCAAGCGCGCCGGGAUGCCACGCGCCACCGAACAGAGGAAUGUGGCUCUCGCGUGGCUCCGGCAGCACCGGACCAGACGGGACGCCGGGGUGGUUUUCUUCGCGGAUGACGACAACACGUACAGCCUGGAGCUGUUUGAAGAGAUGCGGAGCACUCGAGGUGUGUCUGUGUGGCCUGUUGGAUUUGUGGGUGGCAGAGCGUAUGAACGCCCCCUGGUGUCGGGGGGAAAAGUUGUGGGCUGGUACACCGGCUGGAGACCGGACCGCCCUUUCGCCACCGACAUGGCAGGUUUCGCGGUGAACCUCCAGGUGAUCCUGGCAAACCCGAGGGCACAGUUCAAGCGGCGUGGCUCCCAGCCGGGGAUGCAGGAGUCCGACUUCCUAAAGCAGAUCACCAAGGUCACUGAGUUGGAGCCCAAGGCCAACAAUUGCACCCGGGUGCUGGUUUGGCACACUCGCACAGAGAAACCACACCUCGCAAAUGAGCCCAAACAUCGGAAGGACACUGUAGUCAUCGAGGUGUGAGAGGACGAGAUGAGGAGCAGAUCCAAAACCAGAAGCUGGGUCUGGCUGCUCAUCAUCUCAUGGCCGGAACUGAUGACAGCACCCUGCUUUCCCUCCUUAUCGGAUUAAUACAAUCUGUUCACGAUGGACAGAGCCUCUGAGAAGUUGCAUGAUUCAAGACUUCUGGCUGUCUGUCAGACAUGCUUUGUGAGAAAUGGACAGCACUGAAUAUGUUCAUUUUACAAACUGAGACGACUUGGACUUCUCAUUUCCUCCAUCCACAGCUUGCUGGUGUAAAAAAAGUGAAAUAUUGAUGUAGAAAAUAUAUAUAUAUAAAAAAAUCAUGUUGCUGAAUUUAAAUGCACCAUGUCAGUCAUUUUGCAUCAUUAAUGUAAUUUUGAAUAAUUCAUACAUCAUUGUCAAACUGUGAUACUGUGACAUAAUUACCAUAAACAAACAAGGCGCCUGGUCCAGAUACAUUAAUUGAUAACUGCCUAUAGCUUAUGAAAGUGGUAUUGUAAUGCUGGAAUUUCUCUAUGUUAAAGGAUUUUUCAACCUUCUGGGAAAUACACGUAUUUGCUUUCCUUUCAAGAGUGAGAUGUGAAGAUUGAUACCAUUCUCAUGUGGUUGCGUUAAGUACAGAGCUGGACAUGUUGACCUAGCUUAGCAAAAAGACUAGAAGCACGAGGAAACAGCUAGUGUGGCUCUCUCCAAAGGUUAAAGAUAUGCCUACCAACACCUCUAAAACUGACUUGGUAACACAUAAUGUCUCAUUUGUUUAUAUGUACAUAAACAGAAAUGUAAAAUGUGUUGUUUUAGGGGGAGUUCCGUGCAGUAACUUUUUCUUGGCUAACAAUAGCCAGACGCAGUGACUAUGCACAAUAUCCCAAUGUCUUGGCGUCACAGUGAGUUUGCCAGGUUUGGUAACAUCAUGUCUGUACAGACACCAAAAACCAAAACCUGUGUUCAAUGGUUGUACCUGGCAACCUGCUGUAGAUGCAGCACAGUAGUGUGAUGGAUAAACUGUUCAUUAAAAAGUAGUUUCAACACAUAAUCCCCAAACAUCAUCAUCUUUACAUUUUGUGAAUGUGAACAAAUAGGAUAGAACGAGUUUGUUAGUUAUCUUUAGGGGUGUUUAAUGGACAUAUUUUUACACUUUGGACAUUAAAAUCAAGCUAUUUCUUUCCCCCAAUUUCCAGUCUUUAUGCUAAGCUAGGCUAAAAUGUCCCAAUUCCAGCUCCAUACUUAUUGCACAGAUAUGAUAUCCAUAUAGAAAGCAUUUAAGAAGACCACACCUCUUUUACUGAGCUAACUAAAAUGUUGGAAGGAAAUUUUUCACUUCUUUUAUGAUCUGCUAAAAGUUUUGCUGUAUUUGUUCUGGAAAAACAGUACCCUCUUCAUGUUUUCAUGGUGGCUCACACAUGUAAGAUUCCAAUCAGAGGCCGACAGAAGCAGCUACAUUUCCCAGCACUGGUUUUCUUUGUUUAAAUGAAUCACAUUAAUGUGUCAAGCUUAACGUGGUAAUGAUUUAUUGAUGCCUAAAUGCUACAUAAUUCUCCUUUAAAUCAGCCUGAACUGAUCAUAUAUAAUGAACUGGAGCAACCUUUGCCUUCCUCUAUGUAUGUGAUCGGGUUUGAAAACGGUCGACUUGAAGUAACAAGUAACAUCUCUCCUGACAAGCUUCCAUCAAUAAUGUAGCCUGUGGGCCGACAACAAAGAAAACUCACCUCAAAUGAAAACGCCUGCCAGCAGAGGAAUGAAAAGGAAUGAACUGAGUACUGAGUACCACAUGAGUUAGGCCGCUAGUUUCAAAGCUCAAAUCUGUAGAGAACCGUUU